UCGGACGAGAAAAAUCCGAAGUGAAAUAGUCCGGGAAAAUAAUGGAAAUUUAUUUUGUUUUUUGUCUUAAGUUUUUCAAAAGAUUCUUCGAAAUUGGUGUUUUGAAGAAAUGUUUUUUCCGUCGAUUCAAACGGUCAGCAAUUCUCAGAGAAAUUUCGACGUCACCGUUGCUUGCAAAUUGCAAAGAGCGCUUGUGCACGGGAGGCAACAGCUCCUCGGGGUUGCAACGAGCACCGUUUCGAAGCUUUCAAUGCAGCAUCAAGAACGCAACAAGUAGUCAUAUCGAGCUCCGGAUGCAGCGCGACGCGAUAGAGGCUCUUCGAGUCUCGAUGUUCAUAUAAAUCGCUAAUUCGUUUUUCAAAGUAACAAAUUAAAUAUUAGAGUGGUUUCAACGAAUAGAAGAAAUGAGGUACAAAAAUAUCGUCAUCGUAGGAGGUUCCCUCAUUUCAGCGGUUUGCGUACUCGCAGGCCUCAUGUAUUACUUCAAUCAAGACGAGUGUCCCGUGGGAACGUUUCUCUGUGAGAACAGCACGAUCUGUAUGCCUCAGAGAAACUGGUGUAACGGAUAUCCAGAUUGUCCGGGGGGCGAUGACGAAGCCAAAAUUUCUUGCUUCGAUUUCCACGGUUUCUGGGACUGGUUCUUCAAGCCGAGGAAUACUAAGCAACCGGAAAAUUGUGGCUUAGUGGAACAGUGCUUGAAGGAUUGUUCCUGCACGAAUUGCAUCGUCAGUUGUUCAGGCUACGAGGAAAUUCCCCAAACAUUUUCUCCCAAUGUUUCCACCAUAACAUUCACGGAAUCCGCGUUCAAUGUUAUAUCGAAGCAUGCUUUGGCAAGAUAUACUCAAAUUCGUUCCCUCUUUUUUGAAGACAACGGUAUCGAGAGAAUUGAAGAAGGCUCAUUCAUCAAUCAAGCUUCCUUGUAUUGGCUGGUAUUAUCAGACAAUAAAUUGAGAGAAAUUCGAAAAGGGCAAAUGACAGGACUCUCGUCUCUCGAGACCCUUAUGUUGGAUAACAACAGUCUCAGUUGGGCAGAUUUUGCGGAUUUUGAAAAUAGCACAUCCCUCGAAUUGAUCGAUCUCUCCUCAAAUUUACUCACAACCGACCAAUUGAAAUUUCCAUAUUUGCCUGGAUUGAAGGACCUCAUGCUGAAUAAUAAUAAAUUGGAAAAAUUGACAGAUCUUACGUUCGCUAAAUUACCCACUCUCCGAUCUCUAAGUCUCGAGGCCAAUUUCAUCAAGUUUAUCGAUCCGAAUGCUCUCAAGUCGUUGAUAAUGCUCACAGAACUCAAUCUCGCAGACAACAACAUCGUUGACGUACCACAACAUUUUUUUCGGCCUGUUCCCAAUAUGACAAAAUUAAUGAUUGGCUACAAUCCUAUAGAAAAUUUACCAAUGUCAGUGUUCGAGCCUCUCAAAAAUUUGGAGUCACUAACUUUUUUUUAUAGAGGAGUGGAAGAAAUCGAUAUGGAUAAUAUGGAGAACAACGUAUUCGAUUUGUUCACCAAGCUAGAUUUUGUGUAUUUUAAAAAAUUUUAUUACUGCACGACUUAUGCGCCCAAAGUUAAAAAAUGUCGACCCGCGAGCGAUGGGGUGUCGUCGUUAUCUCACUUGCUGGGAAAACCACUGUUGAGAGCAGCGGUUUGGAGCAUAUCAGCUGUGACUUGCUUGGGAAAUGCGCUCGUCCUCUGGGGACGAUUUACAGCAAAAGAUGAAAAUCGUGUGCUAAGCAUCAUCAUCAGAAAUCUCGCAGUGUCCGAUAUGCUCAUGGGAUUUUAUCUGUUCAUAAUCGGACUGGAGGACGUUCGUUUUCGUGACAAUUACAAUCAGGAAGCGAGCUCGUGGAUGUCUUCAUGGUCUUGUACGAUUGUUGGUAUUUUGGCGAUGACUUCAUCGGAGGUUUCGGUGAUGAUACUUUCGUUCAUGUCGGUCGAGCGUUUCAUGCUGAUAGCAGCCCCAUUGAAACGUCAUCGUUCACUCACUCCUCAAGCAGCUUUUUCGUCGAUGAUCGCCAUAUGGAUUUUUGGUAUAAUUCUCGCUCUGAUCCCAGCUAUACAUUGGCGAAGUAGCACGCGCUAUUACGGCGUCAAUGGGAUGUGUUUUCCACUCCACAUCGAUGAUCCUUUUCUCAUUGGCUGGGAAUACUCCGCUUUUAUCUUCCUUGGGCUCAAUCUCUUCGGACUCGUGACGAUCGGGUACGUGUACUCGGGUAUGUUUGCGAGCAUUUGGCGAACUCGUCACAACACACCGCUCUCCGUAGGAGAUUCGGAAUUCGCGUUUCGAUUUUUUCUCAUAGUUUUGACCGAUGCGGCUUGUUGGGCACCGAUAAUAGGACUGAAGAUUCUCGCAUUCCUAAAAUAUCCAGUUCCUCCUGAUCUUCACGCCUGGGUGGUUGUUUUCAUUCUCCCUGUAAACAGCGCCAUUAAUCCUCUGCUUUACACUUUUACGACGCCUAAAUUUCGGGAACGACUGAACGAAGGUUGGCUUCGAAAAAUGCGCAACUACGCUACCAGAAAACCGUCGACGCAGCAUUCGCAAUCGUCGAGUUCUUUGGCUACCAAAAACAUUGCUCGUCACCAGCUAAAUACGUUUCCCAUUGACGAGACGCUUCCGAUCGCUUAUAACAUAGAUGCUCAUUUGAUCGAGUUACGUCAACACCCGCUGUGAGCGUUAUUCCAAAAAUUAGCGUUUUAAGGAUCCAACAUAAAAAAUUUCAAGAUAUGUUCUAUAAAAAAAUUGAUCGCAACGAUUUUUAAAUUUUGCUCUUUUGUUAAAUUUCCCUGUGACGCUGUUCACUUUAUACAAAACUAUAGAAAAUUGUCGAUUUUGUACAUUUUUUUGUAAUCCCUAAAGUCAAAGUACCGAUGAAAAUAAAAACUUUGUUCGAUGGGACAAA